CGGUGCCCUGCUGGAAGAUCCCGCGCUCCCGGAAGUGGUCGGGGCCUCCCUGUCGGUGUCCCCACCACCCGGGUGCUCCUGAGGGCCCCGGUGCGGCGGCGAUGGCCGAAGCAGCGUUGCUGUUGCUGCCGGAGGCGGCGGCGGAGCGGGACGCUCGGGAGAAGCUCGCUCUCUGGGAUCGGAGACCGGACACCACGGCGCCGCUGACCGACAGGCAGACAGACUCAGUGCUGGAGUUGAAGGCGGCGGCAGAGAAUCUGCCUGUGCCAACAGGGCUUCCAAUUGAAGACUUGAGCAGUUUAACAUCGCAGUCGCUGCCCAUUUCACUGACUUCAAUAGUGCCUGAAUCUACAGAAGACAUUCUCAUGAGGGGCUUCUCUUCCUUAGGGAUGGAAGAAGAAAGAAUUGAAACUGCCCAACAGUUUUUCUCAUGGUUUGCAAAGGUCCAAAUUCAGAUGGAUCAAGAUGAAGGAACUAAAUAUAGACAGAUGAGGGAUUACUUGUCUGGGUUUCAGGAGCAGUGCGAUGCUAUAUUGACUGAUGUAAACAGUGCUCUUCAGCAUCUGGAGUCAUUGCAGAAACAGUAUCUGUUUGUGUCCAAUAAGACAGGAACCCUACAUGAAGCCUGUGAACAGCUCCUGAAAGAACAGUCGGAACUUGUUGAUCUGGCUGAAAACAUUCAACAAAAGCUUUCUUAUUUUAACGAAUUGGAAACUGUUAAUACAAAAUUGAAUUCCCCUACAUUGUCUGUGAAUAGUGAAGGAUUUAUACCUAUGCUGGCUAAGUUAGAUGAUUGUAUAACCUAUAUCUCAUCUCAUCCUAAUUUUAAAGAUUAUCCUGUAUAUUUGAUGAAGUUUAAGCAAUGUCUUUCUAAAGCUUUGCACCUCAUGAAGUCCUACACUGUGAACACACUACAGAACCUUACGAAUCAGUUACUAAAAAGGGAUCCUUCAUCUGUACCUAAUGCAGAUAAUGCUUUCACACUAUUUUAUGUGAAAUUUCGAGCCGCUGCCCCCAAAGUCAGAACACUUAUUGAACAAAUAGAACAACGAUCUGAGAAAAUACCUGAGUACCAACAGCUCCUAAAUGACAUCCACCAGUGUUACCUUGAUCAGCGGGAACUCCUUUUGGGCCCUAGUAUUACUUGCACUGUAACAGAGUUAACCAGCCAGAAUAAUAGAGAUCAUUGUGCCUUGGUUCGCAGUGGCUGUGCAUUUAUGGUCCACGUAUGCCAGGAUGAACACCAGCUUUACAAUGAAUUUUUCACAAAACCAACAUCAAAACUAGAUGAACUUUUGGAGAAGCUGUGUAUAUCAUUGUAUGAUGUCUUCAGGCCACUGAUCAUUCAUGUUAUUCACUUAGAGACUCUUUCAGAACUCUGUGGUAUUCUUAAAAAUGAGGUGCUUGAAGAUCAUGUACAGAACAAUGCUGAACAACUGGGGGCAUUUGCAGCUGGGGUAAAGCAGAUGUUGGAAGAUGUGCAAGAGCGGCUCGUCUACCGAACCCACAUCUACAUUCAGACUGACAUCACUGGCUACAAACCAGCUCCUGGAGAUCUGGCGUAUCCUGAUAAGUUGGUCAUGAUGGAGGAAAUUGCACAGAGUUUAAAAGAAGAACAGAAAAAGUUACCUUCAGAAACUUCGUUUUCAGAUGUUCGGUUCGAAGAAGCAGAAUCUAACAGUCUAAAAAAAUCUGGUUCCACAGAAUCCCUCAAUCCUAGACCCCAGACCACAAUUUCUCCUGCAGAUCUUCAUGGCAUGUGGUAUCCUACAGUUCGAAGAACUCUUGUCUGUCUCUCCAAGUUAUACAGAUGCAUAGAUAGGGCAGUGUUCCAAGGAUUAUCACAAGAAGCAUUGUCUGCCUGUAUUCAAUCAUUGUUGGGAGCAUCAGAGUCUAUCAGCAAAAAUAAGACUCAGAUUGAUGGACAACUCUUCUUAAUUAAGCACCUCUUGAUUCUUCGUGAACAGAUUGCUCCGUUUCACACUGAAUUCACCAUUAAGGAAAUUUCCCUGGACCUCAAGAAAACUAGAGAUGCAGCAUUUAAAAUCCUGAACCCUAUGACUGUUCCAAGAUUUUUUAGGCUGAAUAGCAACAAUGCCUUGAUAGAGUUCUUGUUGGAGGGCACUCCUGAGAUAAGAGAGUAUUAUCUUGACUCUAAAAAAGACGUAGACCGUCAGCUGAAGUCGGCUUGUGAACAGUUUAUUCAGCAGCAGACCAAGCUGUUUGUGGAGCAGCUGGAGGACUUCCUGACCAAGGUUUCAGCAUUAAAAACAAUGGCCAGUCAGGGAGGUCCCAAGUAUACUCUGUCACAGCAGCCUUGGGCACAACCAGCAAAGGUCAGUGACCUUGUAUCAAGUGCCUACAAGACAAUAAAAGAAAAGCUGCCUUUGACAUUGAGAAGUAUGUCAUUGUACCUAUCCAAUAAAGAUACUGAAUUCAUCCUGUUUAAGCCUGUUAGGAAUAAUAUUCAGCAAGUCUUUCAGAAGAUCUAUGCUUUGUUAAAGGAAGAGUUCAGCCCUGAAGAUAACCAGAUCAUAGCUUGUCCUUCUGUGGAACAGCUGCAUCUGCUGCUGUCGGGUUCUAAAUAA